AUGGCGUCCUCGGCGGCUGGUUACGGUUCAUCCGAUCAGGAGCCGCUCAUGCAAGGCUAUUUACUCAAGCGGUCGAGCGGGAAGAUUCAGGAUUGGAAGCGCAGGUUCUUCGUCCUGGACACGCGAGGAAAUCUGACGUACGUCAAGUCGACGCCGUCACAUCCAGGGCGAAAGCUCGGGGGACUAGGCACGCUGGCUCGCUCGCUCUCGCGUCGGCCGAAGGAUCAAGACGCCGUGUCAGAAGGCAAUGGCGUCGACGUCAAGGAGACGGUGUCCCUCCUGACGUCGACCAUCAAGCCCGAUCUAGGGGAAGACGCGUCGCCUCAUGUUCGACACGCGUUUCGCAUCGUGUCACCGGAGCGAACAUUCUUUUUACGGGCCGAGAGUGCGGCUGAGCAAACGCAGUGGAUUGAGGCCAUUACGACUGCCAUCGCGAACUUGUUAAACUCGAGCGUGAACGAACAAGUCAUGGCUGAUCACGAAGAGCGCACGAGAAAAUACGGAAGCAAACACUCGCGAUCGAUAUCUUCGGCAUCCGGGAUGUCCGCGCCGGAAGGUCCCGCACCGAUCGUCGUUCUAAGCCAAAUUCCCGGUAAUGACAAGUGCGCGGAGUGCUCGAUGCCCGAACCAGACUGGGCGUCGCUCAAUCUCGGAGUCAUGAUGUGCCUACAAUGCAGUGGUGUGCACCGUCAACUCGGGGUACAAGUGAGUAAGGUACGGAGCGCCACGUUGGACGUGCGCGCUUGGGAUCGAAGUACGCUCGAGUUCUUUAAGCGUUGGGGUAACACAGAGGCAAACGCACAUUGGGAAGCCGAAUUGCAAGCACACGAGCGAGCGGAGAGAAAACCGAAGCCGCACUCGUCGUUGGAGAUACGCAAGGCCUUCAUCCUCGAGAAGUACGUCGCUCGAGUGUUCUGCAAGCGCAGCGCCCCGCCGACGGAAUCGCAGCUCCUGACGGCGAUCAAUCACAAAAAUCUUGUCGGCGUCAUGGAAAUUUUACUCGCGGGAUGCCGCGUGAAGAUGGAUUACAUCAUGCUCACAGCCGCUUGCGACGCUGGUGAUGCUGGAUUUGCCAUCGUAGAGGCUCUGAUUCACCACGGCUUCGAUCUCAACGCCGUUGAGGGUCCUUACACCGAGGACACCACCCUGCACUACGCCAUGCGACACGAGAGAGCCGAAUUCGCCAAGGUAUUGAUACGCCGCGGCGCCGAUCCGCUUCGUCGAAACGGUCGCGGUAAGACCCCGUUCGACGUCGCCGUUGACGUACACGGCGCCAUUCGCGACGACGAGCUCCUCGUUUUGCUCUCGUGCCCCGAAGUCGACUGA